AUGACAUCCAACGCAAAGACAGGCUAUGCUCCUUCUUAUUCCAGCGAAUAUGAAGUGCCAUUGAUGCAAGUGAAUGGCGAGGCAACCCGAGCAUCCUCUCCCCCCAGCACCAGCAGCAAGAACAAGAGCUGGGCUCCUGGUUCUACUACCAGUUCCAAGAACAAGAACUUUUACGAAACAGAACGAAACAGUACCUUGUCAGGCAGUCGGCGACCUAUUAAUCUUUCUGUCUGCCCGCAUUGUGCAACAGAACACAUCCGUACGCGCACCAGAACAUAUCCCGGUACUGCAACUUGGGCAAGUGUUGGUGUGAGCGCCAUCGUGUUCCUUCCACUCGCCGUGAUUCCUUUAGUGUGUGAUAGCAUGAAGAAAACGGACCACUUCUGCCAAAGCUGUGGAAACAAAAUCGGGACGGUCAAACCAUUUGAAGGAUUCUGCGUGAAGGAAGCAUCCUAG